UACAAAAAGAAAAUUUAAUUUUCAUCAUGAGGCUACUUCAAGUGGCAUUAUUAAUUGGAUUUAUUCUGAUGUCAUUUGGCUCAGAAAAUAAAAAAAUUCGUGGUAAACGUCAACAAUUAUAUUUUUCACGUCGUGGAUCACAAUUACCACCAUAUGCAGUACAAAUGGAACCAAUUGUACAAUAUUCACAACGUGAUCCACUUUAUAAUCCAUUAGCAAGUUCAAAAAGUGAUGAUUAUUUGCUUGAAGAAACAUUACAUAAUCCUUAUAGUUCAUCUGAACCUGAGCCAAUUAUUGAAAUUAUUAUUAAAGAAUCAAAUGAAUCAUUACCAACACCACCACCAUCAUCAUCUCAAACUCAAACACAAACAUCACGUUUACCAAAAGAACCAAUUCAAGUUUUUUAUGUUAAAUAUGAAAAUAAAAAUCAACCAGAUGGUAAAAGUAAAGUUGUUUAUGACAAACCAAUACCAGCAUUAACACCCCAUGAAGAACACGAAGAAAUUAAAUCAGAUAAUCCAUUACCAGUUAAUGAAAAUAAUAAAGAUAAUGUUGCGUCUUAUGUUACACCAGCACCAAUUGAACCAAGUACAACAUUACGAGCAAUUAUAAGACCAGAAUCAGAAGUUUAUCAUUCUGGUAGUAGUGGUAUUCGUGUGACAUUUGGAAGUGAACAAGUACCACCAAAUAAUCAUAAUAAACGAAGUGAUACUGAUACAAUACAAUCUAAAGGAAAUACAACAAAUUCAAAAGUAUCAUUUCCAUCAUCAAUAUCAACACCAUCGUCAUCAUCAUCACGACGACAACAUGGUCCAUUUCCACCACAUCAAGGAUCUUUACCACGUGUACCAUUAGCAUUUCCACAACAAAGAAUUGUUAAUUCAUUUUCACAACAUCAAUUGCCACAAAAUUUUGGUCCACAACCACAAUUUCCAUUGCAGCAACAACAACAGCAACAACAGCAUCAACAACAGCAAUUACCAUCUUUGCCAUUACUACCACCCCAACAACAACAACAACAGCAACAACAGCAACAGCAGCAACAGCAGCAACAACAUUUAAAUGCUCGUCAACAAAGACCGUCUAUUAAUAUACAAGGACUUCCGGAAAUAAAUCAACGACUUCCUUUUCAAUCAUUCAAUCAAGCACCACAUCGUAUUGCAAUAAAUCAUCCACAACAAUCAGGCUUUCCACCAGCUGUCUCAACUUCUCAUCAAAGUAUUAAUUUACAAAAUCAACCAUUACCACCACCACCACCGCCAUCAUCACAAUCAUUUGCAACGAAUUUUAAUGAUCCACAUGCAUCACAAUAUAAUCAACAACAAAUUUAUAAACAAGAACAAGAAAAAUUAAGAUAUCAUGAUCAAAGAAGACAACAAGAAUAUUUAAAACAAAGAGAACAAGAAUUUAAUGAACAAAGAAAACAACAAUUAAGAACACAAGAAAUACAAAGACAACAAGAAUUACAAAGACAACAAGAAAUUCAAAGACAACAAGAUUAUCAGAGACAUCAAAUUGAACAGCUUAAAAUUAAAGAUAAUAAAUUAAGAUUUGAACAACAACAACAACAACAGCAACAACAGCAGCAGCAAAUUCAACAAAAUAUUAAUCAAAAUUUUAUACAACAACAACCACAACAACAGCCACAACAAAUUCAAAAUUUAGGAGUCAAUAGAUUACAACAGCAGCAGCAACAGCAACAACAACAGCAACGAAUUGAACAACAAAAACAGGGUGAAAUAUUAAAAUCAGUAUCAAAAUUAGAACAACACUAUGCAAUCAGAGAAAAUCCAUUUAAUCAAGGGCCAUUUUCACAAAAUUCACAAGAAUUAACACAAUAUCCUGACUACACACAAAAUCAAUACUACAAACAACAAACAAAUAAUAAUUUAAAUACUGAAUCAAGUACACCACAACCAAAUCAAUCAAUAUCAUCAACAAAAACACAAGGAAAUCAACAAUAUUAUACACAAAAAAAUACACAAACAGAACAAUCAUCAUCUGGUCAAUCAAUAUGGGGAAAUAAUGUUUACAAAGAUAUUAAACAAAAAAUUUUUGCAACACCAGCUACAACAAAUAUUGCUGCUCCAUCAUCACCAAGAACAAUACAAAAAAAUUCUUUAUUACUUUCAAAACCAACAACAACAACAUCGAAACCAACAACUACAACAACAACAACAACAACAACUCAAGCACCAACAACACCAGCAAUUAAUCAAGACAGAAUAAAAGCAAAUAUUGCCAAUUUACCUGAUGAAGUGCCUGAGGAUAUUCGUGAGCAAUUACUUAGUUCAGGCAUUCUUAGUAAUGCAGAUAUUCAGAUACUUGAUUAUGAUAAAAUUGGAGAUAUUCCACUUGAAAAUUUACCACCAGAACAUUUGGCAAAUUUUUAUGGUGCCGGUGGUGCUAGUCAAAUAUCAGCAAGUGAACAAAUACCAACAACAAUUAAAAAUAAAUCAAAAAUAAAUAAUAAUAUUAAUAACAAUGGUUUAAAUAUUAAUAAUAAUAUUAAUAAAAAAAAAACAAUAAUAAAUAGUAACAAAAUUGAACAUUCAACAUUAAAGCCCGGAGGUGUAGAAAUGAAAGUAGUAAGAUUUGACCCAAAUACAGCACAAGGACAAGCAAUUGCUGAUCAACACAUAAAUGAUGAUGCUACACAUAUUAAACCGGUAACUGUUGGUACACAAGAUGAUAGUAGUCAAUAUAAUCAUUAUUUACCACUUAAAGUUAGUGGUACAUCAUUUCCAAUACCAGAUGUACCUGAAUUAAAAGAUCGUAAAAUAACAAGUGUUGUUGUACUUGCACCAGUUGACAACAAUCAAUAUAAUGAUAAUGAUAAAAAAAAAUCAAGAAAAUUUGAUGAUCCAUUGGAAAUGAAAUUUUAUGCUGGUGAUAUAUUAAAACUACUUGUUAAAAAACCAACAAUUGAAAAUUAUAAAAAAUGGCUUGAACAAGAGAGUAAAACAAUACCACAAAAUCAAUCAGUCAUACUUCUUGUUACAACAUUGAAAAAUCAAGAAAAUACAGAAAAAGAAAUAUUCAUGUAUGAUGUGACAACACAGACAGUGAGUAAAUUAACGGGAAACUUGUCUUCCGCUUUUGUUGAUGCAGCGGAAAGCAACUCUUCGACACCGGACACUAAUAAUGAUUCAACCGAUUUACACUGACAACCGGAAUCGUUAGAAAGAAAAUAGAAAAAAAAUUAUUUUUUUUAAAAAAAAAAAAAGAAAAUUCAAUAUGCCUGAAUACAUAUAUACAAUUGAUCAUAAUAAAAUAAAUAAAAACAAAAAGAAAAGAAAAAAAAAAAAUUUGUGUCGUUUGAUCCAGAUUCGACUAAUUAAUGCCAUUUGCGUACACUCGUUUAUCGUAUGAACGUUUUUUUUUUUCUUUUCUUUUUUUAUUAUUUUGUUUUAAUUUUUUAAAUGUUAUUUUAUUUAUAUUUUUUUUUUAUUUUCUUCUAUCAUCGAUUUAAUGGAAAGGCGGAAAAUAAUUAUUUUAUUUCGCCGGAAGUUUGCCCACUUGGCUCUUUUAUGUAGAUAUUUUCCCUCCGUAUUAUUAUGUAUAUACGCU